UGGCAAAGGAACGAGUUAAAAACCACAAAACAGAUCUGACCUCAAACCUACAUAAAUGUCACAAACACAAAGCUACAGAACAAAGAAAACAGAAAUGGAGAAACAAGGUUUUGCGAGAGGAUAUGAGCCUGAACAGAUUAUUGGUGCAACAGAUGCCAGUGGAACCCUUCAAUUUCUAAUAAAAUGGAAAGGAGUGGACGAAGCAGACCUAGUAAGUGCUAGAGAAGCCAACAUAAAGUGUCCAGAAAUCGUCCAAGAGUUUUAUCAAGAAAGGCUGAAUUGGGCAAACAACUAGAAUUAAAUGAAUCAAUUGAUGUGUUAA